UGCUGACACCCUGCAUACUAUACCUCUUGAUAUACCUAAUUUGCAGUUGGGAGUCUACUCUGAAACUACAAUGACAAACGGCAUUGAAGAUCACUGCAAUACAACCCAUGAACUGAUGGCCUCCGUCCUUCCUCCAGUAGUAAUCAUCGAGAUGUUACUUGGUCUGCCUGGCAAUGUCGUGGCAUUAUAUGUUUUUUGCAAAUAUAUGAAAUCCUGGAGGACCAAUGUCAUAUUCCUCUUCAACCUAAUUCUGUCCGACUUUCUGCUCCUCCUGAGUCUACCCUUCCGCAUCGACAACUUUGUACGCGGCGAGACGUGGAUAUUUGGAGACGCUUGGUGUCGUAUUAAUCUAUUUAUGCUGGCUGUGAACCGUUCAGCCAGCAUUGCGUUCAUGACUGCUGUGGCUUUUGACCGCUAUUUUAAAGUGGUGCAUCUGCAUCACAAAAUCAAUCACAUAUCCUCAAAACAAGCAGCCGGGGUUGCCUGCUUCAUCUGGGCCGUUGUGAUAGCCCUGAGGAUCCCUUUGCUGGCCAACCACCUUCUGAACACAGGGAAAAACCACUCCCGUUGCAGAAGUUUCAGCAAUUAUGAAGUUCUAUCACCAGGUAUACUCUUGCAUUAUAUUGUAUUUAUGUUAGAGUUUUUUGUGCCGCUAAUGCUCCUGAUCUUUUGCUCUGCGCGCAUCACCUGCGUCUUACGUUCUCGACCAAGGUUGAACGAAAGCAAAAAGGGUCAAAGGGCCAUUCGGACUGUUUUGGUUAUCGUUGGGGUUUUUGUCUUCUGUUUUUUCCCCUGCAUUGGCACAGGGCUGACUGUUCUCAUAUUAAAAUCACUUGGAGAGAAGUAUUGCAAUGCUUACAAUCUAACAACCGAGUUGUUCAGUAUGUCCUUAGCAUUCACGUAUCUGAACAGCGCUCUUGAUCCAGUCAUUUACUGCUUCUCCAGUUCCUUAUUUCGCAAUUAUUUGAAAACAACUCUAAACCGGACCGGUAUGAUACAGCUUCAGGUCAGCAAAUAGGACAUGACGCACAUCGGCUGUCACUGAGAACCGGACUUUGAUGGGACAGGAGUGAUGUGAUAUGGGGUUGAUCAGGCAUUGGACAAGACUGCAAUACAAUACUAUAUGUCAAUAUUAUAAUACUUUCUCAUUAUGAGAAUCAGUUCAUAACAUUAUG